AUGAUUGGGUACCACAAUGCCUCAAGUGUCCUUACCCUCCUGGUCCUCCUGACAGUGGCUUCCCUCCUCCAUCUCUCCAGCCCAAAUCCUAUCAACACCCCUGGAGAUAUCAAUAUCCUACACAGAAAUACUCCUCCUGGGCUGAUGGUGUCAGAUGACAGGGAAAGAAGGUAUAAGGAGAGACAAUCAUUACAGAAAGACGAGGAAGAGGCAGAAGAGGAGCUCUUUAGAGAUGUGGAUCCCAAAACACUGGCAGCGGUUUUACUGGAGGCACUUAAUCAUUCACAAGUAGAGAGAAAGAAGGAGGGAGAAGAGCACGAUGGGAUGGUAAAAGAGAUCAAGGCUGAGAGAGGAGAGGUUAAAAAAGAGGAGGAAUACAGACAAGUGAGAGCGAUGGAGGGAGCAGAACGAGACAGAGAUGGACGACAGGAGUUAGAGCUGCUGAUGGCCACACAGGGGAAGGAGCAGGAAAGGGAGGAGGAAGAGGAGAGGAAGAAAACUCAGGAAGAAGAGGAGAAGAUGACCGAGAAGGUGACCAGUCGUACCACAAGUCAGACAGUCCAGGUCCAAACACAGAGUCCAGAUAGAAGAGGGGGAAAUGGGAAGGGUGCUGCCCCCCAGCAUGGACCAACCAGCUCUGAACAAAGCAGCAACGAGGAGGAGGAGCAGCUCAGUCCAGAGGAGUUGAAGAGCCUUGAGACCAUGAUGAAGGAGUUUCCUCGCUUGGACACAGCCACUAAGAGGAAGGGAGAUUUAGAGCAAAACCAGAGAGAAAGCAGAGGUUACAGCAUUCACAAUGAAAUCAUACCAAUAAACAAAGGUAGUAACCUCGCCAUGUCUAAGAAGAAACUGAAAUGGCAAGAAGAGACACAGAAAGCCCUAAACUUUCCAGCAUUCAGGGGAGGUAACUUUAUGGAUGACUUUGAGAAAAGUAAGUAUGCAGCACAGUCCCAGCCUCCAGCAGAGCAGGAAGUGAUGGAAGAAGAUGAACUUGAGGAUGGGGAGGAGAAAGAAGAUGAGGAGGUGUUGAGUCCAGAAGAAGAGGAGGCUCGGGCCAAAGCAGAGCAGGAGGAAAUGAGGAGGCAGGCAGCUGAGGCACAGAGAGCCAAGAUGGAGGAGGAGAAGUUGGCUGACAUUGCAUCGGACAUGCUGCUGCGCUACAUGGUCAAACAGAAUAACGGGAACAAGAAGUAUAGCUCGUCUCUGUCCAACGCUGCAGAGGACAAGAGGUCUGAUGAAGAACAGGAAGCGAUGGAGGAGGAUGAUAUCGAUCCUCGAACCAUUGACAAGCUAAUCGAAAUCUCCAGCAAGCUCCACCUCCCUGCUGACGAUGUGGUGGACAUCAUCAGUGAUGUUGAGAAGAAGAAGAAGAAAGACGUGCCGCCUGAGCUAACGUCACAUUGGCAACAACCUCUAACUUCCCUGUCCUCUUCAUUCUCAUCUACCAAUGGUUUCUCAGCAUCACAGAUUCCAACAAGUCAAAAUAACUUCCCUGUCUCUAAGCAAUCCUCUCCAGCUUUCAAUCUCCCCAAAACUUGGUUCCUGGAGAAAACUUCAACAAAAUCACAGGAUAAUUGGAGCAAACCUGCAAACCCUCUGCUAGCCAAUCAAAAUCUUUGGUCCAAACCUCAGAAGCUUAUGUCAAGCAAACAGGACCUCUGGCUCAAAUCACCCAAGUCUGUUUGGACUGGUUACCCUUCUUAUCCCUACAUUUAUCCAUUCUACUACCAGAGGAAGCCAUACCCAGACUACUACCCCAUCUAUUUUCCACCUCCCCCCAGACCCAAACCCCGUUACUACAUCCCCAAACCUGCGCUCACCCUCAACAACUUCCUGGGAAAUUCUGUGGAUGAUGCCCACACUUUCCCUCCCAAACGCCGUUACCACAGCUGGGUCCAACCCCGGCUGAGGAAACCCCCCACAGGCCUCCAACAGAAGCCUUACUACACCAGCUACCCCCUCCCACAGUACCCCCUGCCAUUUCAGCCAGUACCCAUUCCCAAUCCACAUUCCCCUCCCCGAAUGCUUGUAAUCUCUCCUCAACAGAAGCAGAUUUAUUACUCAGCCUUGGCACCUGUAGUGACGAGAAAUGAAGAUUAUUAUGUGGCUGGAAAGCAGUCAGACAGCAGCAACCAUAACGAUCUUGAGAAAUACAUACAGCAGAUACUCAUGAAGAGACCGAAAAUGUUGGACUGA